CAGCCCGCAUCAGGGGAGGUACGCGCAAGGCCUUGGCUUAGGCCGCCGCGCGCUGGCGGGAACCGGAAGACGCGAGCCCUGGGUUCCUGUUCUUAGCUCCUGCACUCCCUUGGUCCGACACUAUCUUUGAAACUCUUUGUCACAGUUGAGUGUUGGAACCUGGGAAGGAUUCUAUCGAUCGGUUCGGGGAAGCAGCCCCGAUUGGUGACUGAUCCUGGACUGACUCGUGGCGCAAAGAUUUAUCCACUGGUGGCUUUUCAGGGCAAGGAAAAAGUAGAUGGCACUCCCCACGCUGCCCUCCUACUGGUGCAGCUGGAGGCUCCCAGAUCAACAGGCAGCGCGACAGCGACAGCGAGAGCAGGAGGCCCGGCUUCGGCAGCAGUGGGAGCAGAACAGCCAUUACUUUAGGGUGUCUAACAUCUGCAGCUCCAAGCAGGCAGAGUGGAGCUCCAAGAACUCCUACCAGCGGAGCAUGUACGCCUACCAGCGAGAGAAGCUGAAGGAGGAGAAGAGGAAGAGUCUGGAGGCCCGACGCCAGAGACUCAGGCAGCUUAUGCUGGAGGAGCAGGACCUGCUGGUCAAGGAGCUGGAGGAGCUGAGGCUUAGCAUGAACUUGAGGGAAAGGAGAAUCCGGGAGCGGCAUGGGGAUCUGAAAUCGGCCCGAGAAGAGCAAAGGAAACUGAUUGCUGAGCGGCUUUUGUAUGAGCACUGGAAACAGAACAACCCAAGGCUUCGGGAGAUUGAGAUGGACCUCCAUCGGAAACAUGUGGUAAACGCUUGGGAAUCACAGAAAGAAGAAAAAAAGCAGCAAGAAGCCACCGAAGAGCAGGAGAACAAGCGGUACGAAAACGAGUAUGAAACGGCUCGAAGGGAAGCAAUGGAACGGAUGAGAGCAGAAGAGGAGAGGAGGCAGCUGGAGGACAAGCUGCAGGCCGAGGUGCUGCUGCAGCAGAUGGAGGAGCUGAAGCUGAAGGAGAUGGAGGCAAGCAAACUGAAAAAGGAGCAGGAGAACCUGCUGAGGCAGCGGUGGGAGCUGGAGAGGCUGGAGGAGGAGAGGAAGCAGAUGGCUGCCCUCCGGCAGAAGGCGGAGCUGGGGCGCUUUUUGAGACAUCAGUAUAAUGCACAGCUCAACCGCCGCACACAGCAGAUCAAAGAGGAACUGGAAGCAGACAAGCAGAUCCUGCAGGCGCUCCUGGAGAAGGAGGACGAGGAGCAGCGCGUCCACGCGGCCAGGCGGGAGCAGGCGGUGGCUGAUGUGGCCUACAUGAAGCAGGUCAUCGAGGAGCAGCUGCGGCUGGAGCGGGCACGCGAGGCAGAGCUGCAGAUGCUGUUGCGGGAGGAGGCCAAGGAGAUGUGGGAAAAGCGAGAGGCGGAGUGGGCCCGGGAGCGGAGCGCGAGGGACAGACUGAUGUGCGAGGUUCUAACAGGGAGGCAACAACAAAUACAAGAGAAGAUUGAGCAGAACCGACGGGCCCAAGAGGAAUCCCUAAGACACAGGGAGCAGCUCAUUCAAAAUCUGGAGGAGGCGAGGGAGGCGGCACGGCGGAUGAAAGAGGAGGGUGAAGAACUGAAGUCCGCCAGGAAGCAGGAGCUGGAGGCCCAGUACCUGCCAUCAUUGUCCCUUGGCUGUCUUCCUCCAGCACAGCGAGGACUGCCAGCACCCCUUCUGCUCAGAGGCAGGGCUUUCUCUUUGGUGCCCAGGUUGCAGAGCGCCAGCUGCAGGCCUGGGAGGCGGACCGGCAGGCAGAGGAGGAGGCGGAGGAGGCCAGGCAGGCAGAGCAGCUCUCUGACGCUCUGCUGCAGAAGGAAGCUCAGAUCAUGGCUGAGCAGGGCUACCGGCCCAAGCCUUAUGGACAUCCCAGAAUUGCUUGGGACUGACUGCUUUGGUACCCUAAGUGCAGAGAAGGAUGCUGAGCCCUCUGCCACAAAGCCACCCGGAGUCAUGCGGGGUUUGCUUAUGGUCAGGCAUGUUCAGCCGUGCCUGGCCAGGUGCGUGAUCGAGGGCAUCGACGCCCAGCGGAUGAUACAGCGCUGUGAUUGUGCAGCACCGGGAGUGGCCCUUUGCUGCCUUUCUCAUCCGAGACAAGCCUCUUACAGGCUCAUGUUACAGUGCUGUCAGACAGUCCUGGGUUUAUAAAUAAUGCAGGGUUCCAGAUGGAUACUAAAAGCUACAAGUUGUGUCCAUGACAGCUCUGUGGUUGCCUAAUGUCUCACCCUUAGUGCUCAACCUCUUAAUGAAGAGUCUGGCUAGAGCUGGAAGUUUUAUUUUGCUGGCUUUUUUUUUCUCAAUGCUGUAGAUUAAACCCACAGCUUUGUGCCUAUUAGGCAAGUCCUCUACCACUGAGCUACAUCCCCUGCCCAAGUUUUUAGUGUUUAAAGGUGCCAUUUAAAUUAAACUCUUCUGGGACAACUCAGUCAGCACCCCUCCUGUGUCUUAGGAGGUUUCCUAGUUUCCGUGCCUUUUCUUCAAUAAAUUUUCUACUCUUUAAAAUAAAGGGCUGGAGAUUUAGCUCAAUGGCUCAAGCACUUGCCUGGUAAGCGCAAGGUCAUGAGUUCGAUCCCCAGUACCAAAAAAAAAAAAAAAAAAAAAAAAACCAUAAAAUAAA